UCGGAGCCUCAUUCUGUUAACUGUCCGAAAGCCGGUAUAAUUCCACCGUUUCCGUCCGGUUCCGAUAAUUUCGGGAUGGACCGGUACGGUCGGAACCAGGAGGGCUCACAGUCCGAUCCGUCACCGGAAUGGACAACCCCGGGACCUGAAAGCGGGCUUGAGGAGGGUGUUUGGCCGCUGGGAUUAGGGGAAGGAGAAUCCGGGUAUCCGGAGAGACCCGACGAGGCCAAUUGUAUCUAUUACUUGAGGACCGGGUUUUGCGGGUACGGGGCGAGGUGUCGGUUCAAUCACCCGCGAGACCGAGGCGCGGUAAUAGGAGCUGCAAGAGCUGGUGCUGGGGAGUUUCCUGAGCGAGUCGGCCAGCCUGUGUGCCAGUAUUAUAUGCGGACAGGGACAUGCAAAUUUGGUGCUUCCUGCAAGUACCACCAUCCUAAGCAGGAAGGUGGUUCUGUUAGUCCUGUGUCCCUAAAUUAUUAUGGAUACCCAUUACGUCCGGGUGAAAAAGAAUGUACAUAUUAUGUAAAAACAGGGCAGUGUAAAUUUGGUGCAACGUGUAAAUUCCAUCAUCCACAGCCAGCUAACUUACAAAUUGUACCACAAUCACCGGCUCCCCAAGUUGCACCUGUGCCAGCUCCAAUUCCUGCUCCUGCAUUGUAUCCUUCAUCUGUUCCUUCUACUCAACAAUAUGGACUAGUAGUUGCGAGGCCUUCUCUUCUGCCGAGCUCUUAUGUACAAGGUCCUUAUGGUCCAAUGCUGCUUUCCCCAGGUGUAGUUCCCUAUCCAAGUUGGAGUCCCUACCCGGCACCUGUAAGUCCAGUUGCAUCUCCUAGCACUCAGCCAGGAGUUGGAUCAGGCUCUUUGUAUCAACUAUCUCCUUCAGCACCUGCUUACACAGGAGCAUAUCAGUCCAUGCUUUCUUCAGUUGGUCCAUCAAGCAGCAGCCAGAAAGAACCCUUUUUUCCGGAAAGACCUGACCAACCAGAAUGUCAGUAUUAUAUGAAAACUGGCAACUGUAAAUUUGGAUCUUCCUGUAGAUAUCAUCAUCCACCAGAGUUGAUUGCACCAAAAACAAAUGUUGUACUUAGCCCUAUCGGCCUUCCUUUACGUCCAGGUGCACCACCUUGUACUCACUAUACGCAACGGGGACAAUGCAAGUUUGGACCUGCUUGCAAAUUUGAUCAUCCAAUGGGAACAUUAAGUUACAGUCCAUCUGCAUCUUCUCUUGCUGAUAUGCCUGUUGCACCUUAUCCUGUGGGUUCUACAAUUGGUACUCUAGCCCCAUCAUCCUCAUCUUCGGAGUUGCGGCCUGAACUUAUUUCAGGGUCAAGCAAGGACUCCAGUUCGACCAGGAUGUCUUCAUCAAUGAGCACAUCUAGUGGAUUGGUAGGUUCAACUUUUUCAAAGAUUGGACCUGUCUCCCAUUCUGGUGUGCAACAGUCUAGCCAGAGUUCUGGCGCUUCAUCAAGCAGCAGCAUGGAGGCUCACACCUCAAGCUAAGCAAAAAUAUCAAACAACUUUUUGAUCAAAUUCACGAAAAACAACUUUUUUUUUUCUUUUUUCUUUUUUUUCUAAUAUGCUUUGCAUGAGCUUUGCUACAUACGCAAUAUCAGGUAAACUUUUGGUAGAAAAACAAUAAUUACUUUCUAGUAAUGGCCGUUGCAGCUAAACAUUGGUGCAACGCAUCUUGAGCGUGAAAAAGGAGCCUCCAGCAACAAAAUGAAAAAAAGAAAUAGAUGGAAUCAUUUUUUUUUUCUUAAAAAGAAACAACAGAUCCAAUGAUUUCAAGAUAGAUUUAUUGAAUAAUCAUUAUUUGGAUUGUUCCAAGUUGUUUGAAUGUUAUUAUAUGGCCCGAACACUGACAAUAUAUGUGAAUGGUAGGAUGUACACAAUUCUUGUGUUAUUAUCUAGCUUGGUGUUAGUCAAGCAAGCACCUUCUGAUAUUGUGGAAAUGGUCUUUCCUUCUGAAUUAUCAAUUAGUUUACAUGAUUA